AUCUCUCUAUCACAUAAUCUGGUUAAACCUUUAACCUAUAUUAUCUUCUCCAUAAAACCUUUUGUUGUUCUGAAUCACUCAGAUUUUGUACUUAAUAAUUUUUUGUUAUGGGAUCUGGAUGGUUGCUCCGUUCUCUCAUCUGUUUAAAAGGAACAAAACAGAACAAAUCAAGUCGAGGCAACAUACUAUCUGAAACAUCAAACCGAGUCAAACCGGUCGGAUCAAGCUCUGCUUCCACUACGCUUACCGUAGAAAUCGCUGUCAUUCGCAUUCAGAAGGCUUUUCGAGCACACAAUGCUAGAAAAAGACUAUGCAGCUUAAAGAGCGCAAGGAGAUUUAACUCAUUGAUCCAAGGCCAUACAGUGAAGAACCAAACUUCGAUUUCACUCAAUGUGAUGCAUUCUUGGUGUGAUAUACAGAGUCAGAUCAGAGCACGACGUUUGUAUAUGGUGACACAAGGUAGACUACAGCACAAAUUAUUGGAGAAUCGGAUGAAGCUGGAGAUCAAGCUGCAUGAGCUAGAAGUUGAAUGGUGUGGAGGGUCUGAAACAAUGGAGGAGAUUCUCGCGAGAAUACAACAGAGAGAAGAAGCUACAGUGAAGCGUGAACGAGCAAUGGCGUAUGCUUUCUCUCAUCAGUGGAGAGCUAAUGCUACACAGUACCUAGGUCAAGCUUCGUUUAACCUAGACAAAGAAAAUUGGGGGUGGAGUUGGAAAGAACGGUGGAUAGCAGCUCGACCUUGGGAGAUUAGGGCUCAAUGCCAAGCCAGUAAACCGAUCAAACCAGCUAGAAAACCGGAGAAAUUGUCAUCCAUUGUGAUCACAAAGAAGACCUCUGCUAAACCGGGUUUGUCAAACACCAAGGAAGCUGCAAAGUCCAAAAAGCCUGGUUCUGGAUGAUUUUGAUUGAAAGAAAUCAACAACAACAACCACAACAAAAACCGGUUUAUGUUUACAUCUAAGAAUUGUCUUGUUUGGUUUCUCAAUGGAUUUGUUUCUAUAAACUGGUGGUUAUUGUAAAACAAGUUCGUUAACGCCACGGUAACGGAAAAUCUUUAUCACCCGUUAUGUUUUAUAAAUUGGUCGGUUUGGGCUUACUC